AUGUCUUCAAAGUGGAACGAUCCCGACCCUGGCUUUGUCGCCCUGAGUCAAUUCACCUUCAAUCCCUAUCGUGAUGCACCUUUUGUCUCACACCAUCUGAUGAGCCCUGUUACUCCGUAUCGUGAGCCUUUUUUAUCUCUUUGUCCCUCUGCUGAACCUACACCUAAGUCUGAGCCUGAGCAUCAACCUGAGCAUCAACCUGAACCUGGUCAUGAGCCUGAGCAUGAGUCUGAAUCUGAGCCCUCCCCUCCUCAGGAAAUCAAGCACGAGAUACCCCAGACCACCUUUGCAACACUUUUUCACGACUUUGCAAAUGGCAGGCCCUCCACUUCCUUGUCCUCAAAUGGCUAUAUCGACGAGUAUGGCUGUAUUCACUUCUCUGACACCGCAGAGACUGUCGAAUCCUUGCCUUAUACUUUUCACAUGGGUUGGGGUUCUCAGUCCUCCUUGCCAAUGGUUGGAGGCAUCACCCAUGGCGCUGAUGGCCUUAUUACUACUCAAAUUGGUAGCAACGGUGAUACUGCUGGUUAUUUUUCUAUCUUUCCAACUUCGUAUAAGCCACAGCAGCCUUCUUAUGGCACUGCUUCCUACGAAACUGCCUCCUAUGGCAAUGCUUUGUAUGAAGACAACGCUUAUGACACUUCUACAUAUGCCAACCCUUAUAGCACCACUGCCUACGACCUUGCUUCAAUCCAGGACACGACUGAACCGCACAUGGGACUCGGAUACUCUCGGCAGUACGAUCCCUACAGCGAACUGGCAGCCCAGAUGCAGUUACCAGCCUCAACCAUGCCAGGCUUGACCACCACAACCCCAAGCAUGACUAGAUCCAGCAUUCCAGCUUCGGACGUGGGUGCUUCGAGCACCGUCCCAGUCACACCAGACUGCUCGCUCCGUCAUUCUCAUGCUUCGGAGUCUGGAAUACCACCUGGUUCUCCUCUCAGAGGUGGUGGUCGUCCUCACCGUGGUACUACUUUCUAUCGCUGCAUGACUCCUCCUCACCAAAGUGCAGGGACAACUCUCUAUAUGCUUGGAUAUGAGCAAGAUGGCGCUUCUACUGCCGUGCCAACUGAACGUCAGAAGCCUGUACACGUCCGUGGAGCUUCCCGUGACUCCAACUCUGGAAUUUCAUGCUCUUCACGUGCGUCCUCCUCUCCUUCAUCGGGCGCUUCUCCAACUGGGUAUCAUCGCCAGACAGUCUUGGAAAGCAUUCCUCUCCACAAGUUGCGAGCCAUGCAGAAAGUACCCUUGCCAGCAGAGGGUGACAACCUUGCCAAGGACCGCUACAUCGUCAAGGGCAAGCAGCUGAAACUUUCUUAUGGUCAAAUCAAGGCGAUAGCCGAUUGGCCCGAUGCCGAGUCAACUCUUCGUGGCCGUUUCCGUAACUUCACCAAGGCCAAACAUGAGCGUGUCCGUAAGCCGAUUUGGCUCAAGCACGACAAAGAGAUCCUGAUAGAUGUUGUGCUGGAUCUCAGUGAAGAUCUUCUCAACAGCAUGCCUACUCGCCGUGGCAUCGACAAUGGUCAUUAUCCGGGCAAGCGCUACACUGUUGCCACCCUGCCUGAGGGCAUCGAGAACCACAUCUCCUGGAGGGUGGUCGCGAAUCUUAUUAUUGAAAACGGUGGCUCCUAUAAGUUCGGCUCCUCGACCGCCAAGCGCAAGUGGUACGAGAUGACUGGACGUCAACGCCGAUUCUGA